AUGUCGAACCUUGGUCCCGUCAAGCAGUUUUUCGGCAUUCAAAUUUCUCAUCACAAACAAUCUCUACUUCUUAGCCAAUCUAACUAUAUUUCCGAAGUUCUAAACAAAGCAGGAAUGCUUCACUCUGUAGAUUUACAGCUUCAAGCCUUUGCUGACUCAGAUUGGGCAGCCAAUCACUCGGACCGUAGGUCCAUCUCAGGCAUCUGUGUCAUUAUUGGCUCUAAUUUACUCUCGUGGUGUGUUAAAAAGCAAACCAUCGUUGCUCGUUCCUCAACCGAAGCGGAAUACUGCUCACUUGCGGUUGCAGCAGCGGAUGUCCUCUGGCUCUGCCGACUACUUGCUGACUUUCAUAUCCCAUCUUCUUCUCCAACCCCUAUACAUUGUGACAAUGUAUCAGCGUUAGCAUUGUCGAAUAAUCCUGUUUUUCAUGCUCGAACAAAGCAUAUUGAAGUUGAUUAUCCCUUCAUUCGGGAUUGUAUUCAGACUCAACAUGCCACCAUUCAUCACAUCUCUACAACCGAUUAG